AUGCUGCCACCGGAAUUGAAGACGAUUUCUGGGAGCAUCAACGUGAGCUGUCACGAGGUCGAGUGUCGCUCCCGUCUGCGCCACUGCCCAGGCCUCUUGCGUUCACUCUUUCACAUCCUCCGAGUCUGUCUACUUUGUCCUUCUGGCUCAUCGCCUCAAUUGAAGACUGUUUCAUCCGAACUGGAAGACGCUCCUCAAGACAAUGUCGACAACGCCGAUUCAGCCUCAUUUCAGGCACCUCCUUCAGUAUUGCUGUCGACACAGUUAAUUGGCGCGUCGUCUGCUGUCGGCUCGACCAACAGUCAAUCGGAGCCUUUGGUGAAAAGGACGAGCAGAUCUCUGGCGGACUCUCAUGGCCUUGAACAUGUGCUCUGCACCCUUCGCAACCUGAGCUUUGCGUUGCAGGAGAUCUGUGAUCCCAUCUACCUUUCCCGUAGAGAACAACAGUUUCAGGCUGUCACAAUGUCUUCGAGAGCUGCUCGCCAAGCGUUGAGCCAUGACCGUCCACCCAACCACUCACAGGAUCCGGGUGCUAUCAACUGUGGUGAGACUUCUGAACUCCCGAUACAUUCUCACAUGUGA